GGCUCUAAGCCUCUAAACCGGCUGUGCCCUGAGAAAAACAAACUCCAACAUUUGAACUCUUAACAUUUGGCGCCCAACGUAGGGCACGAACCCACGACCCUGAGAUUAAGAGUCUCAUACUCUACCUAUUCCACCCCUCCGCGUCCUGCCCGAGCCCAGCCGUCCCCUGCACGAUCAUGGAGGCCCGGCCUCGGCCCGGCCUCGUCGCUGCCGCCUCCUCCAUGCAGCCGCUCCGCUCGGAGCAUGUGGCGAGGCUCCGGGAGGAGCAGGAAAAGGUGGUCACUGGCUGCCAAGAAAAGAUCCAGCACUGGAUGAAGGUAGAGCAUGACUAUGAGGCUCUUCAAGAAAGACUCAACACAUUGCCUGAUAAACUCUCUUAUGAUAUUAUGGUACCUUUUGGUUCUCUUGCCUUCAUGCCAGGACAGCUUGUUAAUACCAAUGAAGUCACAGUUUUGCUUGGGGACAAUUGGUUUUGCAAAUGCUCGGCAAAGCAGGCUGUAGGUUUAGUAGAACAUAGGAAAAAACAUGUUCGGAAAGCAUUGGAUGAUUUAAAAAAAGUGAUGAAGAACUUUGAAUCAAGAGUUGAAUUUACAGAAGAUUUAAAGAGAAUGAGUGAUGCAGCAGGUGAUAUUGUUGAUAUAAGAGAAGAUAUUAAAAAUGACAUUGAAACUAAAGGAAAGCACAGAACUGCUCAUAGACCUCAUUCAAAACCAAAAACUUCAGAUGCUUUUGAAGCAGAUUUCAUAGAUGAUCCAAAAUCUGAGGGCAGUUUUCUCAGUGAGAAGGAACUGUGGGCUCGACUUGAUGAAUUAGAAAGACAAGAAGAUCUUUUGGGUGAACUCGAUAGAAAAUCUGAUACUUUGUUUAUAAAUGGAGAUGAUAUAACCUCUUCUGAAGAGGAGAAGGAAGAUCAAAAGACAGAUGUGACUAUGAAACACAAAGUAACAGACUCUCUUACUCAGGGCAGUUUUCAAAGAGACAUCACAAAUUCGAAGUUACUUAAUGGUCAAGUGAAUGGUUCAAGUUCUUACAGUGAUGAUGAUGAUGAUGAUGACGACGACGACGACGACGAUGGCCGUGGCAGUGUUGAUGGUUUAGGAAUUGGAAAUAAUUCCAUACCAACAAUAUAUUUUUCUCAUACAGUUGAACCUAAGCGGGUACGAAUAAAUACUGGAAAAAAUACUACUUUAAAAUUCAGUGAAAAGAAAGAAGAAGCCAAACGAAAACGGAGGAAUAGUAAUGGCAACAAUAGCCAUUCUAUUCCAGAACUACCUAAUAUCAGAACUCCUGCUGAUGUUUAUAGAGUCUUUGUUGAUGUUGUGAAUGGAGAAUACAUCCCUUGUAAAUCAAUUUUGAAGUCUCGGAGCAGAGAAAAUAGUGUAUGCAGUGACACUAGUGAAAGCAGUGCUGCUGAGCUUGAGGACCGGCGAGGAAUGAUGAGGAGCCUCAGUCAUGAUGAAGCUGCCUAUACUGAUGCCAGCGAAGGCAUUUUGGAUGAGCAGGAAAAUCAACAGAAAAAACUGUUUCCCCUAACAGGAAAACUUGAGGCUUUUUCUGGAAUUGUAAUAGAAAAAGAACUUUUAUCUCCUGUAAUACCACACCCAGGCACUGUGCAUCCUGUUUUACCAACUAUACCUGAACGAAAAGAAGUUUUGUCAGAAGUAUCAGAAGAAACUACAAAAAGAAUUUCAAAAUUCAAAGCUGCCAGAUUGCAACAGAGAAACUAGGCUUGCCUAGAAAAUGGAAAUUUGCAUCUUAAAGCACAGUUUUGCAAUUUGUUAUGAAUGUCACUUACAUGUAGUUAGAAGUAAUGCAUCCUAUGCUAUUUUGGCGAGUUCUUUUUACCUCUUUAUCAGUGGUAUUUAAAAAGAUUAAAAAUAAAUGUUUUAAAACAAAAGAAA